UUCAGCCGCUGCCACCACAGCAGCUGCGCCAGCUCUCUCAUCCGCCGCCUACCCGCAGCCCCGCCGGCCCCGCCCCAUUCCUCCCUAGCCGCGGCCCAUUCGCUAGAUAGGCUGCCAUGCUGAGUUCUCAUUGGCCAAUCCUCAAGUCCUUCCCCAGUUCUCGCCCGCUGCCGAUGCAGGACGCCCUGCCCGCCUCCUAGAGAAGGGGCGGGGUUGAGAAGCUCCGCCCCUUUCCCCCUCUCAUCCUCUCUGCCUAACUCGUUCAGCCCACCUCAGAGGCAGUCCGUGUCUUUCAAUUGGUGGAGGGUCAGAGAGACGGUGCCUCUGAUUGGUCAGGCCCCGAGGUGGGCGGAACUGAGCGGAAUUGCAUGGUGAAAAGGAAAGUCAAUCAGGCUCCGAGUCCCGCCUUCUGAGAUUGGCGGGUAACCUAGCAACGCAGGGACCUCGGAGGUAACGUUAAGUAGAAAAACCCGGAGCCCUCGGAGCGGGAAAACAGAGGCAGGAGGCCUGUCCAGCCCAUCGAAGUCUCCCAGGGCCCACGGAGACCAAGGAGGCCGCUCGUAACAUGGCGUCAGACAUCCUGGCCGUGGGCGCCCUCUACCAGGUCCCUGACAUCAACAAAAUGAGGGCGAUCGCAGAGACACCCCAAAAGGCAGCUUCCCCACUGAAACCCUUCACCCCCUUGAAGACCAAGCUCACCACCAUCGAGACCAAGAGGAUCAUGUCCGUGCUGGAUGAGACCAUCCAAAAGGUGGAGCUGGUGACGCUGCUGUCCUACGUGGCAGCCAACACCGAGGACCUGGAGGGCCUGCUGGGCGAGGACCUCGCCAGGGCGGUGCGGGAGCAUGAGGACCUGUGCCAGGUGUUCAUGGACAAGGUCAGCUACCUGCAGGAGGAGGAGAUGCAGCUGCAGGCCGAGGAAGAUUUCGAGGAGGAAGCCUGGUUCCGGGACCUCCUCCUCUCCAUCGAGCUGCAGAAAUCCAACCUCCUGCCGGUCAUGGGGCAGAUCAGAGACUCCACCAAGAACAUCCUGAGACUCCUGCUCAGCCGCCCGCAGGCGGCCCAGCUCGUGCGGGCGCAGGCGCAGGAGCGGGGCCCGGGAGCGCAGGGCUUCAUCGACAGCCUGGUGGAGCUCCGCGGCUUCCUGUUUGAGAAGCUGCUCACCUGCCCCAUGGAAGCCAGAGACAAGAGCCAGUUCAUCCAGGAGAUCACGAAGCGGAACAGGAAGAACCAGGAGGUCAUCGACACGCUUGAGAACGAACUGGAGGAGAGAAUGAAGAGCAGGGCUGCGGAGGUGGAGAAGGAGAACUUUGUGAUCCAGGAACUGAAGAACCACCUGCACCAGGUGCUCAAGUUCUCGGAGAACAGCCUGCUCCGCACCAAGCAGGAGGCCGAGAAGCAGCAGAAGGCGGACUACCGGGCCUCGCAGGGGCGGGCGGCCAAGAUCCAGCAGGACAUCCUGCAGCUACGCUCGCAGUUCCACAGCCUGGUCAUGGAGAACCGGGAGGCAGAGCAGGCGCUCAGGAAGAAGAAAUAUAAAGUGGAGACGGAAAUCGAGAACUGGAUCCAGAAAUACGAUACGGAGAUGAGCGAGAAGCAGGACGAGUACGAGGAGCUGGACAUCAUCCACAAGGAGGAGAAGAUCCAGCUGGAGGAGCUGCAGCAGAGGUACGAGGUGCUGGUGGAGGAGUUCGCCCAGAUCCGGGAGGAGCGGGAGAUCACCUCCAAGAAGAGGAUGGAGGACGAGCAGGAGAUGAUGCGCAUGGUGAGGGCGGCCACGCUCAUCCAGGCCGUGUGGAAGGGCUACCUGGUCCGCUCCCUGCUCAGGUCCAAGAGGAAGAAACGGGGCAAGGGCAAAGCGAAGGGCGAGAAGGGCAAGGGCAAGGGCAAGAAAUGAGCCCCCUCCCCCAAGCCCUGUCCUGAUCCCGUGCACGGCCUCCCCCCUCCCCCCGAGAGCCGGCCAGGAAGCCACUGGCACCAGGAAGCCCGGCGAUCAUAACUUUCAUACUUUUUCAAAAUUAAAAACCAUUUUAAACCACUUCCUGUGAAUAAACCUC